GCUGAUUGGCUGCCAGCGCUGGAACACAUGCAGAGCCCCCAGCUUUGUCUGAGUUUGAGUGAAGUUGUCCAGAUUUUAGGCUGGAGUCAGCAAUCGGGGGUGUUUAGUCUGCUGCAGAGCAGCGAGAGGGGAGAGGAAAGACUGCGGAUUCAGCAAGACCCCUGCAAUCCAUGGAUACAAACGUGAAUAAACUCCUAAUGUGACUCGUCCGUGUGCGCUCUGAGCUAAUGGGAUUUACUGCGCUGCGCUGGCUCCUCGUAUCCUGCUCCAAUUUGCCGCCUACUGAGAAACUUUUCUCACUCCAUCGCUGAAUAUUGGACCGGUAGCAUUGAGAAAAGAGAAAGGCACGAUUUUAUUCUGCAUUCCCCAGUAUCAAAUGCGGGCUGUGCUGGGGCUGCCUAGAGAAGUUGUGGGAGCUGCGCUUUAAUUCUCUGUAGGGGGGAGAUGGAUCGCUGCUGCAAGUCAAUGGGCUGCUGGGGGAGCGGUACCAGGAACCUUGCCUUGGUGUUUGCCCUGGUUCUGUCGCUGUGUUUGCUCGGAACCUGCAAGAAUUUAAAAUACCGGAUCUACGAGGAGCAGAUGAUCGGCACCGUGGUGGCCAGGCUCUCCGAGGAUGUGGCUGAUGUGCUGUCCAAGUUGCCGAACCCUUCCUCUGUUCGGUUCCGAGCCAUGCAGAGAGGCAGCUCCCCUCUGCUCACCGUGAGGGAGGAUAAUGGGGAGAUCAGCAUUGGGGCCAAGAUCGACCGGGAACAACUGUGCCAGAAGAACUCGAACUGCUCCAUAGAGUUUGAUGUGAUCACCCUCCCGACGCAGCACCUCCAGCUCUUCCAUAUCGAGGUGCAAGUCCUGGACAUUAACGACAACGCACCCCAGUUCUCCAGGGCUCUCAUUCCCAUUGAGAUCUCGGAGAGCGCAGCUGUGGGGACCCGCAUCCCCCUGGACAGCGCCUUUGACCCCGAUGUGGGGGACAAUUCCCUUUUUACCUAUUCACUGUCCCCCAACGCCUACUUUAGCAUUGAGGUAAAGACCAGGACAGAUGGAGCCAAGUACGCCGAGCUGGUGGUGAUCAGGGAGUUGGACAGGGAGCUGCAGUCCAGCUAUGAGCUCCAGCUGACAGCCUAUGAUAACGGGGUGCCCCAAAGGUACGGCUCCUCACUCCUCAAAAUCAGCAUUUCCGACUCCAAUGAUAAUAGCCCAGUGUUUGAGAAGCAGUCCUAUGUUGUUCAGUUACCGGAGAAUUCACCCUUGGGAACCCUACUCAUAGACCUCAAUGCCACCGACCCAGAUGAGGGCGCUAAUGGGAAGGUGGUCUAUUCUUUCAGCAGCCACGUGUCCCCCAAAAUCACAGAAACUUUCAAGAUAGACCCCGAAAGCGGCCAACUCACCCUUAUAAAGCCAGUGGACUAUGAAACGACCAAAUCGUACGAAAUCGAUGUGCAGGCCCAGGACAUGGGUCCCAACUCUAUCCCAGCUCACUGUAAAAUUAUCAUUAAUGUAGUUGAUGUGAAUGAUAACAAACCCGAAAUAAAUAUUAAUCUGAUGUCCACUGGCAAGGAGAUUGCCUACAUCUCGGAGGGUGCGCCCCUGGACACCUUUGUGGCCUUGGUUAGGGUGCAAGACAAAGAUUCAGGACUUAAUGGAGAAAUAGUGGUCAGGCUUCAUGGCCACGGGCAGUUUAAGCUACAAAAGACUUACGAAAACAAUUAUUUGAUUUUAACCAAUUCAACCCUGGAUCGAGAAAAGAGGUCUGAAUACAGCCUGACAGUCAUAGCAGAGGACAGGGGGGUCCCAAGCCUUUCUACUGUGAAGCACUUUGCUGUGCAAAUCAUUGAUGAAAAUGAUAACCCACCCCGCUUUCCAACAAACAGAUAUGAAAUUGUCAUUGUGGAGAACAACUCUCCUGGGGCCCACAUUACCUCAGUUAGGGCCACAGAUCCAGAUCAAGCAGAAAAUGGACAAGUAACCUACACCAUACUGGAAAGCUCUAUUCAGAGUAGUUCAAUUACAACUUAUGUAACUAUUGAUCCAUCUAAUGGGGCCUUAUAUGCCCUUAGAGCCUUUGACCACGAAGAAGUAAACCAAAUAAUGUUUGUUGUGCAGGCAAGGGAUGGUGGUGUCCCCCAACUUACUACAAAUGCCACUGUGAUCCUUACUGUUGUGGAUGAAAAUGACAAUGCCCCAGUGAUUGUAGUCCCUGUCCUGCACAACAACACAGCCGAAAUUACAAUCCCCAAAGAUGCAGAAAUUGGCUAUUUAGUUACCACCAUUAAGGCCACAGAUAGGGACUCAGGAAUGAACUCAGAACUGGACUGCUCUAUUUCAGCAGGCAAUGAGCACAAUAUCUUUAUUAUGGACCCCAGAUCUUGUGAGAUCUACACCAACAUGAGUAUGGACAUUUUCCCAAAUCAGUUAUUGGAUCUUCACAUUACAGUGCAGGACAGGGGAAACCCACCCAGAACAACCAAAGCACACCUUAGAUUCAACAUCUUGGACCUGAUAGAGAUCACUGAAGGAACUCCGGAACCCUACACAAAACAAAGCUCAAUGGAUGUGUCCAUGAUUAUCAUUAUCUCACUGGGGGCUAUAUGUGCUGUGCUUUUGGUCAUCAUGGUAGUCUUUGCGACUAGAUGCAACCGUGAAAAGAAGGACAACAGAUCUUACAACUGCAGGGUGGCAGAGUCAACUUAUCAGAACCAUCCCAAAAGACCAUCCAGGCAGAUCCACAAAGGGGACAUUGCUUUAGUACCCACUCUGAAUGGUACACUGCCUAUCAGAUCCCAUCACAGGUCCUCUCCUUCACCAUCUCCAUCUCUAGAACGUGGGCAGAUGAGUAGCAGGCAAAGCCAACACAGUCGCCAGUCACUGAGCAGCUUAAUGACCAUAUCUUCUAAUCACGUACCAGAAAACUUCUCCCUGGAGUUAACUCAUGCCACCCCAGCUGUGGAGGUAUCCCAGCUACUUUCCAUGCUUCACCAAGGCCAGUAUCAGCCAAGGCCAAGCUUUCGAGGAAACAAAUAUUCCAGGAGUUACAGAUAUGCCCUUCAGGACAUGGAUAAAUUUAGCCUGAAAGACAGUGGUCGUGGAGAUAGUGAAGCUGGAGACAGCGAUUACGAUUUGGGCAGAGAUUCCCCUAUUGACCGACUUCUGGGAGAAGGAUUUAGUGAACUCUUUUUAAUGGAUGGACACAGAAUGCCUCCAGCUAUGAGGCUCUGCACAGAUGAAUGCCGACUUCUAGGACACUCUGACCAGUGCUGGAUGCCCCCACUGCCCUCGCCAUCAUCUGAUUACAGGAGCAACAUGUUCAUUCCUGGAGAGGAGCUCCAGCCCCAGCAGCAACCGCUGCACAAUCAGCAGCAGAUUCAAGCUCAGACCCCUCUCGCUGAGGAAGACAUGCACCCUGUUGAGUCCACAGAGAAGAAAAAGAGCUUUUCAACCUUCGGAAAGGAGUCUCAGGAAGAAGAGUCGGCAGACACAUGCACAUCCUCCCUCCUCAGUGAAAUGAGCAGUGUUUUCCAGCGUCUGUUACCUCCAUCUCUGGAUAACUAUACAGAAUGCAAUGAAGUCGACCGCACAAACUCAUUAGAACGUAGGAAAGGACAAGCCCCAGCUAAGGCUGUGAGUUACCCUCAAGGUGUUGCAACAUGGGCAGCGAACACUCAUUUCCAAAACCCCAACAAUGUUGGGACUCCGCUAGGCAACCAUUCAGGUGCACAGCCAUCUUCUAAGUGGCUUCCAGCAAUGGAAGAGAUCCCAGAGAAUUAUGAGGAAGAUGAGUUUGACAAUGUACUUAACCAUCUCAAUGAUGGCAAACAUGAACUGAUGGAUGCUAGUGAACUGGUGGCAGAGAUUAAUAAACUGCUACAAGAUGUAAGGCAAACCUAAGUGUUUACCAGUCUUAAAUUUUUUUCCAUAUUUAUGGGAAUCUGAAUCAAACACAAUCUUACUAAAAACUUGUUGCAUUUAUAAAAAAAUGUGUUGGUGUAGGUCAAAUAUUGAGAAUCUGUAUUUUCAGAUGUGCACCAAACACGUGUGACUAUCUCUAUCUGUAUUUUAAAAAUACAUUUGUAUCUUAUAUUUAUGUGUUAUUUAAAGAGAAAUAAAUUCUAUUUUUGUAUUUCGUACGGCAUGUUUUGCUACGUGUUAAAACUUUGGACUCUUUGAUAAAAGAUACGCUGGCGCCGUGACCAGUAGGACAACAAAACAGAAAGGAUUUUUUUUUUCCUUUUUGGCUUCUUAAAUGAAUAUUUACAGUACUAGCAAAUGUUGCUCUUUUAUAAAAGAGUAUAAUGUAACAUUUCUAAUCCUUCUCUUGUUAGAACUAAAGCUGUGUCAAAUUGCAUGUGUCAUUGUACAGCACAUCGGAGGGGAAGAACUGUGCUUUUUCUAUUCACUGUUUGAGAUGAAUAUACUCUAAUGUGCCUAUGCAGUGGCAAAAAGAUCAGGGAAGUUUGAUCCCAGUAACCUGCAAAAAAACAGCAUCCAUUAUAUUCAAAGCUCUCAGUCAGUGUCAUUGAAACUUUUGCAUAUGUUGUGCACAAUGGUCCUGCAUUUGUUGGAAGAUGCUGAGAUCUGUAGCUUGGCAACAAUGUGUGUCAUGCAGGUUGCAAUGCCCCACUGUGCACAGAAAUGACUCGAGUUACUAAAUGGCAAUAAGAUAUGAUAGUACUUUUGAAGGUAUAUAAUAUAAUUCACAAUUAAAUACCCAUAAAACCCUCCAUCCUCUCUUCCUUCCUACCUCCCUCCCUUCCUUGCUGACUUUUGAAAAGAAGGACAGGGUAGUACCUGGUAUAAGUAGAUCACUGUUCAAAAUCACCACAAUGGCAGUGCUAGUUGGGUGCCCAAUUAGGGCAGCCAUGGUUGGAGAUCUCAUGAUAUGGACACAACACUUUGGGCUAGUUUGUUAUCACUGGGCAAAUCUGCUCCACUGUAAUAACCCACAGAAACCAAUCAUCAGUUAGCUUUGGUUAGUCUAGUUCAGGUAGAAUAAUGGAAGCAAAUUUCUGAUUGGUUACUAUGGGUUACUGCACUGGGGUGAAAUUUGCCCAUUGUUACCAAAUGAUUGGUUGCCCAUUGACUCUCCUUAAUUAAUAUUAAUAUUUGACAAUUACCCAAAACCAAGUUUAGUUUGUCCUUCAUUUCAAGGUUAAGCCCCAUCUCACUUUAUUAAAGUACUUAUGUAUAAAUUAAAAGAGCUGUGUUUUUAGGAGCUUAAUCAGGGAUGCCUAUCCAGUGGCCCAAGGAGUUUAAUUUCUCAGUAGAUUAGGGGCCACGGGUUUGAAAUCUCUGGGCUAAAGCACUUUUUGAUUGCUGCAAAGAGGCAAUAAAGAUAAGCAAUUAGGCAUAUCACCUCCUCACUACCCCCUUUUAUAUUUAUAUAUAUCACUUGUUAUUAUUUCCUAUGAAUACAGGUUGUACUACAUUUGACCUUUCUUUUAAGUGCAAACUGAACAUACGAAUUGUUCCAAACCACACUAUUAUGGCAAAUACCAUUCAGUUAAUACUUUUUUUCUAUAUUGAUCAAACACUUGUAGAUAUGACUGCCACUUGUUUCACACCGACAAUAAAAUCUUGGAUGUACCCACA